AAAUUGUCAAUUGUCAAAAAAUUCAGUAUCUGUCAAAUGUCAACAAAUCAAUUAGUUUUUAACGUUUAUUUUGAAUUAAUGAAGUAAUGUUGUAGUUUAAAUUAGUAAAAACUUGUUAAUUAACGCCAUGGCCGGACAAAAUCUAAAUAACGAUCAUCUGAAACUUCUCAAUUUCGCCCCAAACAUGCCGGAAAAACGAGUGCCCCCGCCGAGGCGUAGGUUAUUAGAUCCUGAAGAAGAGGCACUAACUCAAGAAUAUUUAACCAGAAUGCGAAACCGGCCGCCAAUACCGCCCCACCAGGAUUCAGAAGAGGUGGCAAUAGAGAAGUACAUUGGUUCUGGAGUGGCAUUUGUAAGCUUAGUAGCUGAAAACUUACUCAGCCACCCUUUUAUAGUACUCAGAAGGCAAUGCCAGGUUCAUCAUGUUUCACAAAAAUAUCACAUAUUGCCGUUCACAUUGUUACCAGCUGUGUUAAAUUUGCACACCCGACAGGGUCUAACAACUUUAUGGAAAGGUUUGGGCUCUGUAUUGCUUGUACGAGGCAUGACAUUGGGGGUUGAGGACCUUGUAUCAAAAGCUACACCAUGGCCAAAGGAAAUAAGAACUCAUUGCAGUUUAAAGCACUUUUUUCAACACACUUUGCUGAAAUGUGUUAGUUUAGCUAUUGUUACUCCCUUUUACUCUGCCUCUUUUGUGGAGACUGUCCAAAGCGAGAUUGCAAGUGAAAGCCCUGGUUGUUUGGAUGUGUUCCGUGAAGGCUUUAUGAGGCUGUUAAAUUGGGGGGCCCCAGCUAAAGGGAGGAUGCUACCAAUCUGGGCUUUGAUUGUGCCCACUGUCACACUGGGAGUGGCGAAAUAUUUGUUUGGAAUGGCCAUCAAAGGUGCAGCUGGUAAAUUAUUGCAUGCCAGGUUCAGAAAUCGCCACGAAGAGCAGGGAGCGUUCCCUAAGGACUUGGGACAGGUGCCCACCAAGCAGGAUGUUGAACUUACAAGCUCCAUUGUUGCUGCCAUUAUCACUGACAUCGUAUUCUUUCCUUGUGAGACUGUGGUGCACCGUCUACACUUACAGGGCACAAGGACAAUAGUUGACAACUUGGACAAUGGGAGAUCAGUUUUACCAAUUUUGACCAAUUAUUCAGGCCCGAUAGAUUGUUAUGAGUCUUGUAUAGCCACCGAAGGAAAUUUAGGACUUUAUAAAGGUUUUGGAGCUUUAGUAUUACAAUACAUUGCGCAUAUCGCUCUAAUACGCGUUUCACAUUUUCUGUUGUCUGAGUUGGGGGGAGUUAUUUGGAAGCAAAAAAAGGUGCCACCACCGCAAGAUGAUCCAAAUAAUAUUUCUCCUCCAGCCAUUUCAAAUCUGACAAUAGGGCGCAGAUCGUACUUACUUCCAUAACAUUUCUAGUCAUUGUUUUGUUUCUUGUUAAGUCUUUAGAAUAAUUGGUUAAAUUGUAUAUAUAACUAUUUAUUUUUCUUUUGUCAUUUGUAAGUUUUCAAUAAAGCAAAAAAAGUACUGACAAUAUUUUAUUUAUUUAUUCCAACGAUUCAAUC